ACUGGAAACCUUGCGCAGUCUCUAUGUAGGUCUACCGGUAGUGUUAGUGGCAAGAUGGUGGCAGCCAGGAUGCAGCUCACUUUGUACACGGUUUUGCUUCUGAACUUUUUCAACAGUUUCGUCUCCGCUUUAUACUUUCACAUCGGGGAAACGGAGAAAAAAUGUUUCAUAGAGGAAAUUCCAGACGAAACUAUGAUUAUUGGAAACUAUCGUGUACAGCUGUAUGACAAAAUGAAGGAGGAGUACAUGCCUGCCACUCAAGGACUUGGCAUGUUUGUUGAAGUGAAGGACCCAGACGAGAAGGUGAUCCUGUCUCGUCAGUACGGGUCAGAGGGCAGGUUCACAUUUACCUCUCACACCCCUGGUGAACACCAGAUCUGCCUUCAUUCUAAUUCCUCCAAGUUCUCCCUCUUUGCUGGUGGGAUGCUAAGAGUUCACCUGGACAUUCAGGUUGGCGAGCACACCAACAACUAUGCAGAAAUCGCAGCCAAAGACAAGCUGACUGAGCUCCAGCUAAGGGUCCGUCAGCUGGUGGAGCAGGUGGAUCAGGUUCAGAAGGAGCAGAACUAUCAGCGGUAUCGUGAGGAGCGCUUCCGGCAGACCAGCGAGAGCACCAAUCAGAGAGUGCUGUGGUGGUCCAUUGUCCAGACGUUGAUCCUGGUGGCUAUUGGCUUCUGGCAGAUGAGGCAUCUCAAAAGUUUCUUCGAGGCUAAAAAAUUAGUGUAGUGCGUGUGUGUGCAGGUUUUUUUUUUUGUCCUUGUAUGUCCUUGAAAGAAUAUGCUUGUACAUUGUACAGUGAAUGCAGUAUGCAGACAAUGGUUUUGGUGAUAUUUCCUAAAAUGCCAGAGCACAAGCUGGUGGAUGCAUUUGGUUUCAACACAAGUCCCCUACCCCACGUGUUCAUUUUUAAUUGCUUUGAGAUUUGUUUUUUCAACUUAAUUUUAUUACCCUCCCUCUCAACAUGAAUCUUGACCGUGCUUAAGAUGCAUUUUAAAUGCUUGGUUGUCUGAAGUAACAUUUUAUUUGACGCCAAUCCAAUGUUGACCUCAUUUGAGUUACCGCGGUCAUUGAGGAUCUGUUCAAACCUGGUCUUUCAGUGUCUUGAAAGGGUUAAAACCACUGCCCUUACAUUAACCAUUCUCAGUUAGUUUCAAUCAUUUUUCAACCUCAGAGGUAAAGUAAUUAUAUCCGUUUCAGUUCCUCAAAUUGAAAAGGAUUUUGCCCCCUUUUUUUUUUUUUUUUUUUGUGCAUACUAGACGUUUGCCAUGUGGACUAACAGCUCUGAAACUGGAUGGUAAACUAGCUUACACACACACACCUUUCACCCAAAUAUGUUGUGUGUUUGGUAGUUUGCUUGCAAUGGUUUGUUACUGUAGAUGAUAUUUAAGGUUUUGUUUGUGUAGAAAUGAAUGUAUGUUUUUGGAUAUGGUUUUGUUUUCAAAUUUCUUUUUGUUGCACAUUCUGCAAACGGACACAAGCUAUCUACAUCCUUGGCAAGUUCUUGGAGAAAUUAGAUAUAUUUAGCAUCUAUCUGAAGGUGGCAACCAGCUCGGGUUUGGAAUUUCAGUGCUAUAAAAACACUUUGUACAGUAAGGUGUCUGAAGUACAAAUAUAUUUUGUACUUCUCAUGUAUGAUACCCCCCUCCAACUGUGUGUUGCAUAAUGUUGUAAGUCAAUUUGAAGGUAUCCCUCUUCCAUGGCAUUCUUGAUGUUUGUCAUAACGGGCCUUUUUUUGUUUACUUAUGGAAGGAAACCCAGACAAAAAAAACAGUAGUUGCGUAUGCUACAUGUGUUUAUGAAACAGUAUAACAAUCAUGAGCUGAGUUUCAGGAAUGUAUUUUUCUAACAGAUCGCUAAACUUUCCUUGUGCAAACGCUCAGGUAGUCAUUUUUGUACGGACUGUUCAGAACACAAGUGUUCAGGGAAUGGGGACUUUGGUCCUAGUGUUUGCCAUGGAAGGACGCAACAUCCCAACAACAAUGUGAGAAAAAGCAUGUCUGUGUAGUGCAAUUUUCAUUCAUUUGGUCGUACACCUUUUUCCAGCAACGUGGUCAUAUCCUUUGAACUACUGUUAAAGUGGCACUGAAAAUGCUAAUGGGUGGCUGAUGCUCACUGAUUCCAUCCUUUUUUUUUUUUAAACAUCUGGUUGUUUGUAUCACAUCUUAGUAGACUUUCAAAGACAGUUUGAGUCAUUGGGCUGAGGCUUUUUAUUUUCUAAAUACCGUGGGUGAGAGGUAAUGAUAUUUGCAGCAAAACAUCUUUGUAAUUGCACUCAAAAAAAAUGGAAAUAAAAGAUUUGUCUCCUUUG